GUAAGAAGACUUUAUUUGUAUAGUUCUGAAAUGGACCGUUCUUAAUUGCUCCCGUUUUUAUAAAUUAUUCUAAAGAUGCCCAUACCCAUCCAGUCCAGGUUCAAGAACAUUAACACAAAUAUUGUAUUUGAAUUUUAUUUGAAUUGCAUUAUUAAGUAGAAAAAGUUAGGGAUACAGCGUUUAAAUAUGGAAAAGUUUGUGCAUUUUUUUAAUGACGUACUACCGAGUUAUGUGGCAUUUAACGGCUUGUAUUGUAUGCCAAUAUGGAAAGGUAAAUCGCGUACAAUUGCAAAAUGAUCGUUUUGUCAUGUCUGCGGAACGUGACACACGCUGUGUUCUAAAACUAAGCUGUAUCGGAAGGUGGUUCAAGUUCGGCAGUACGCCUACGGUAUUCAUGGUAUCACAAUUUAUUAUUUGAACUUAGAGCUGUUCAUGCCUACACUUAAAAAAGGGAAAGCCAAAUCAGUGUCGUUUAAAUGGUAAAUACCAAAUAUUACAGCACAUUUGCAAAAUUUGGAUGUUCUCUCUGGUUUCUGUAGCUCUAACUAAAGUUUUUCUAUUUGCUCGUCUAGAGUUUGUAAUACACAUUUGGCGCUUUUAUUUUUCACCUUUUCAUUCCAUUUGCUGUUGGAAAAUAUCAAGAAAACUAUAAAGCUAUUAGUAUUUAACAGCUUUAAGCCUGUUUCAAUGAAAACUGUCUUAUAUAUAAGUGGAUAUACAUGAAAUAUCAAAUUCGAUUUCAUAGUUUUAUAUACCUUAAAAAUGUGAUAAACCCCAAUUGGUUGAAUAUAUGUGGUUGUGUGGUGGUUAAACCAUCGUAACAAAUACAAAUCAGAUAGUAGUUCUUAUCCGAUAAUAACAUAAACGGUCUGAUAAUAGCAAAUUGGUGAACUAAAAACUAAAAGCGAUUACCUAUACUCCAAGCUUAUGUCAGAGAUAUCUGAUACCCAAACGAUUGAUGCAAUCAUGGAGGAAAUGGUUAUCAAACACUUGUGAAUAUAGUAGGUUCUGGCGAUUGAUUCGAAAGCAUUCAACUCAUACGUUUUCGUUUUUCGACACCAAAAUACACAACAAGCCAGUGACUGCAACAAUCAACCAUAAUGAGCAACAAACUGGGCUACGAUGUGACCGAUCCCACCGUCCAAGUGCUCCGGGCAUCGGCGUUCAUGCAGAAUGGGCCAGUGAAGCAGGUGCGCAGCCUGGAGGAUCUCGACCGAUGGGUUCGCUCCCAGGCCUACCACGACGUCAUCGCGUACAUCAGCAACACCAGCAGGGCCAUCCAGGGACAACGACUGACCCAGGACUUUCCGGUGACGGAGCAGAUGCGUCUAUUGUGCGAGAUCUUCGAUGGACUGGAGCUGCUGAUCGUGGAGCAUGCACCCAAGCUGGAGGACUCCAAUCUGGCCUUGCCGUUUGCCCAGGUUAGAAGUAAGGCCUACCGCACUUGGAUGCGCCAGAUGUUCCAGCAUGUGUUCAGCAAACUGGACGAGGCCAUCAAUGUCAACUGCAAGCACAUCAACGAAUUGGGACAAUAUCUUCGCCGAUCCUUUGGCAAUUCGAACACUCUGGAUUUUGGGCCCGCCAACGAGUUGAUGUUCCUCUUCUUCCUCUGCGGCCUUUUUCGCGCCGGAAUCCUGCUGGCCAAGGAUACGGUGGCCGCCGCGCUGCUGCUCUUCAAUCGGUACGUCCAUGUUAUGCGGCGCCUGAUCAGCACUUUUGGACUGACCAUUGCCAAGGAUCCCAGUUACACCAUCGAAGAUUACUACUUUUUGCCGUAUCUGUGGGGUGCGGCCCAAUUAUCGCUGGAUUGUCCCUUCUCGCCGAUGCAGUGUGAGCAGGGUAAGAUCUUGGACAGCUACAGGCAGGACUACAUGAUGCUGGACAUCAUUGAUCAUCUGCAGAAGACCCGAAGCGGCCCAUUGAGUCAGGUGGCCCUACAGCUGUGGAGCAUCCUGUCGAUACCCACGUGGCCGCAGGUCUACAGGGGAUUGGAGCGUAACUAUAUCGACCAUGUGCUCUCCUCAUUCGGAACCGUGGAGCAAGCCAUCUUCUGCGAACUGAUGUCCUUCGAAGCGCUGGUAGCGUCCGUCCAUCUGCAUCGCGCACGCUUGGGUGUCCACCUCAUGGAUGGCAAGGAGAAGGAGAACGAGGAUGAGCUCGAGCCGAAACCAGCGGAGAAUCUAUGGCAGUUUUCGGCACCGGUCAGCAGAUAUGUCAGCAUGGAACCAGAAUCUUUUCUCGGCUUCCAGGGAUCCAAGGUGCGGCACAAAUCGGAGGACAGCGAUGAGGAACGCCUCUGGAUGCUGCGCCAGUUGGUCGAUGAGAACGAUCCAAACUCCGAAAUGUUUUUCCCGGAUCGGGAAGUUAAAGGACGUGAUUCGAUUACUUCGUUCGCCAACGAAGGUCACUAAAAUGUCAAUCCAAUUAAUAUAUGUGAACUUGUAACUUGAUUUACUAAUUAAUGUUUCGAAUUCCCUGCAAAAGUA